AUGAAUUUUAACAGAUAAGAAUUACUUAAUUUGUAAAAUAGAAUAUUUAAUCGUCCAAAGAGGUUGAAUUCUGUCUAUGUAGCACCCACUUUAGAUGAUAUAGGAAUUUUAGCUGAAUUACCUAACAAUAAGGUACCUAGUUUAGGAUUUAAAUAAUAAAGUGCAUUAAGAACUUAACUCAAAAAACAUAGAAAUUUAUUUCUAUAUGACAAGAAAUUAUUUAGAAACAAGAAAGAAUCCAGAGAACUAAGAGAAAAUGUUGAAAACAAGGGAUCUAUACAUUAUAUCAAUAGUUCUAAGUAAUCUUCAUAACCUCUUUGGGAAGAUGAAAUGAAAAUCACCAAAUUAAGCAUAAUGAAAUCUGAAAUCUUAAGAAACAAAGUACCAGAACUAUCUAAACAUAUUAAUAAUUCCUUAUCUAAUGUUCCUAGAAAAUUAUCCAAUAUUCAUCCAGAACCAAUCUAAUUCAAAAAUUUAAUCGUAUUACCUUCUAUUAGAGGUUGGGACAAUAACAACCAAAACUCUUAAAGAUCGAACUGA